AUGUCAACUACUGUUUUAACUAAGGAAAGCAGGAUUCUGGCACGGAAACAAGUUGACGAGUCGCUACGUCUUAUAGAAGAUUUGAAGUUUUUUUUAGCUACUGCACCGGCUAAUUGGCAAGAGAAUCAGGUAAUUAGAAGGUACUAUUUGAAUCAUGAUGAGGGAUUUGUCAGCUGUGUAUUCUGGAAUAAUUUAUACUUUAUAACGGGAACUGAUAUAGUGCGAUGCAUAGUAUACAAGUUUGAGCAUUUUGGAAGGAAAAUCAUUGAUCGGAAGAAAUUUGAGGAGGGGAUAUUUUCAGAUUUAAGAAAUCUCAAAUGUAAUGUUGACGCCGUUUUAGAGCAACCGAGAUCUGAGUUUUUAGAGUUUUUGUUCAAAAAUUCAUGCUUGAGAACUCAGAAAAAGCAAAAAGUGUUUUUUUGGUUUAAUGUGCCUCAUGAUAAACUAAUGGCUGAUGCUCUAGAAAGAGAUUUGAAAAAGGAAAAAAUGGGUCAAAAUCCAACUACAAUAGCCCUUAGGGAACCGGCCAUUGGCUUUCAAUACGAUGAAAGUUCAAGUUUGUACAAUCAAUUAGCAAAACAUAUGGAAAAUCAAUUACAAAAUGACUUAAUAAUGAGUCCUGAAAGUUUAGAUCUGAAAAAAAUCGAUAAUAUUAGCUUGCUACCUCAAGAAAAACAAAACGAGGAAAGUGAUAGGUCGUCUCCGGAAUACAUCUCCACAACAAGAGGUAAAGAUGACUAUAGUUUCCUCAAUGAAGCAACUCCUCAGCAGUAUAAGAACAAUUCGGAUUAUGAGGACGACGAUGACUUCCCGUUAGAUUAUUUCGAUACAACUCAAUCUUCUGAUGGAUAUAUUAACUUGGACCCAAAUUUUCAAACUGGUUAUUAUUCAAGUAUGGUGGAUGAUAACUAUGCCAAUUUCAUCGACCCGACAAUCUUUUUGCCCAACUCAAGCUUUCAAUCAACCUCUGCCGCUGCCAAUACCAAUACUAAUGCCACUGCCACCGCUAAUGUUUCUGCCAAUCAAGUUGCUUUAAACGACGAAUAUCUUAUAGAACAAGCUCAACCUUUGAAGACUCCAAUACUACCUCCAAUGUCCACAAGCUCUCUACAACCCAAAUCUUCAACAGCAAAAGCAUUUGCGUUUCAUAAUCCCAAUGGUGGGGAGGAGCUUUUCUCAUUUACUCAAACAUCAAUUACUCCUUCAUUUCAGCAGCCCGUACCGCCUAAAUUCCAAAGUAAUAUAAAGACUCAUCGACAGCAACCUGUAAAGACCGUACAUCAAUUUCAAGUUGCUUCACAACCACAAUAUCCUUAUUACGAACACCUUCAACAGUAUGCAACAGAAUUACCCAUAGGGUACAGCAGUAACAUGAUCCAUCCUGAUAACGAGCUCUGGACCAACCAGACAGUCUUUUCUAAUCAAGCUGCUGUCCCCGUUGUCCCUGCUGCCUCAAUGUUUGAUCCGUCUGGUGGGUAUACUCAGAAUUUAUCGCAACAACCAUAUAUGAUGAUAAACGACCAAGACUUGAUGACUUUUCCAUCAAUGAAUCAGACUAUGAUGAUGGCGGUGCAACCACUGCAACCACCACCCUUGCCACAGCAACAGCAACAGCAACAGCAACAACAACAACAACAACAACAACAACAACAACAACAACAACAACAACAACAACAACAACAACAACAAGCUCAACAACAAGCUCAACAACAACAAGCUCAACAACAACAAGCACAACAACAACAAGCACAACAACAACAAUAUCAGCAAGCACAAUCAGUACUUCUGAAUUUUCCGUAUCAGGAGAUCUCACUACAGCAACAAUUAAGUGCGAAAAUGAUGAAAAAGAAAAGGCAGAUGCAACUGCAACUGCUACAGUUUUCCAAAGCUGGCUCUGUGAUUACUGGAAGAGGUAACGGGGGCGGCGAUAUAACGAAAAAACCUCAUUACGAAAAAGAAAAACACCAUCUAUCUUUGACGGAAGUGGUCAAUUCAAAAGCAACAAGGGUUAGAAAUAAAGAGGAAUGUUGA